AUGGUGUUCAAUGUUAUGAUCCAGUUGUGUCGGAUCACAAGAGCCAGCAAACUCUUCCAGAGGAACUUCUAUCUACCUUUGUUGAAACCCUUGUCACCCAAAGAUGCCAUUCGAAGGAAAAUCAUCACCGGGCAGAAUGUCCUCGGGACGAGAAUUGAGCACUAUAUUCCGGUUCUGGAAGAGUACCAAACAAGGGUGUUACGCCGGAAAUAUAGAAUGAAAGGUCGUGGAAAAAGAAGACUGCGGAAAAAACAGAACAUGAAGUACCUCAGGCCUUUGAUUGAUGAAGACAUGGAAGGUCAUCCCAAACUCUUGCAAUUAUUGGAAAUGAAGUCCCGCGGAAAAGGUCAGUGUUAUUGUUACUAUGUGCCCGAUAAGGACUGUACUGUGGUGGUUUCGCACGAAAUGGAAAGAGCUAUUCGUGACAAAGAUAUCCUCGACGUGAUGGUGGCUCAAAGGAGCGACAAAAUCGUUGUGAAGCUAAAAGAUGAAACCAAAGUGACCGUGCCUUUAGUGACGUACGACGGAAAAGCGCCGUUCUAUCGAGGCGAAGGUUGGACCAAAAAAGAAAUCGAGGAAUACCACCACCACGGUAAAGAAACCUACUCCAUAGCUCGACUGUUCGAAGCCAAAGAACAAGGUCUAGAAGAAUGGGAGCUGGAGAUGAUGAGGAUCGCCAACAAGAGGAAAAAGAAGAUGAAAGGCGAAGGGACGCUCGACUGGAAGCUCAUGAUGGCAAGCUGCGCGGAGAACAUGGACUGGGAAAAGUUCGAAGACGACGCCAAACAAAUAAUCGAAGAAAUAAACGAACCCGUCGAAGACGCACCCAUCCCCAUGCAAGUAGUCGAUAUGCACAAAACGAAAAGCGUCAACGAAAAACUCAAAGAAGCAGGUGAAGAAGUGAUGGCGUUGCUACCUACGAUCCCCGAAAUCCCCGAGUGCGUGAAAUUCAUGCAAGAAGGCACCAUGACCGAAAUAGCCGAAGUUGCCGGAAUGGGCCUGAACCUACCAUCCUCCGGGAAAGAACGCUUCAUUCCGGGCCAGAUGGUAAACUCAGAAGAAGGCAAUUUGUUCGUGCCGGGCCAAACCGAGGAGACUGAAGACGGCAGGAGCGAAUACACGCCAGGGUUCACCGUCGUUAUGGACGGCGAGCCGACUCUCGUUCCCGGUUUGGUAAUGGGCGACGAUCCAGAAAAACCGAUGUUCCUGCCAGGAGAAUCGUCCAUAACAGAGACCGGUGAACUGCAGUUCGCCGAAACCGAAGACGACGACGUAAGAAGGCAGUCGCUGCCGCUGCCACCGCCGCCGCCGCCGUCGCCUCCCCCUCCUGAGGAAGAGGAGGAGGAGUUGGAGGAGGAGCAAAGCACCGAGGAGGAGGAGGAGGAAUUCCAACCGCCGCCACCGCCCCCUAAGAAACGCGAAGAGAAGGAGUUCAUUUACGAACGGCCGAAGCGUCUGUACGCUACCGAGAGCAUGGGUCCGAAGCGAAGAGAAAAGGGCCCGAAAAAGGCCCCGAAGAAAGUUGAAGAGAAGAAAACUGUCGUGCAAGAGGUGGUGCGAGUGCCCGGACAGCCGGUGUUGUACGAUAUGACGCUGCCGACGUUCGAGAAGGACCUGCUGCAGCAGGAGAAGGAGCGCGUGGAGAACUUCAACGAGAAGAAGGCGAAGGAGGAGACGGCGAUCGACAGGAUGCGGAGAGACAUCAGGGUGCUGCUGAAGAACUUCGUGGUGCCGCCGCUGCCGGUGUACGAGCCGCUGGAGCCGGUGGAGAAGAGCGAGAAGCUGAAGGAGCUGGAGAGGAGCAUCAAGAAAGGAAAAUUCUUCGACGUGGACUACAGGAAAUACUUGAGUAAGGAGUACCCGCAGCCGUUGUUCUGGAAGUGGCACGAGUAUAGACAUACAUUCGAUACGAAGCAAAUAAUGGCACUCAACGUUAAAAUUUCCCUCUGCAAGAUCACAAGAGCCAGCAAGCUUUUCCAACGCAACUACUACUUACCUCUUCUGAAACCGCUAUCCCCUAAAGACGCUCUUCGACGGAAGAUCAUCACAGGCCAGAACGUCUUAGGCGCUAGAUUCGAACAUUACAUCCCAGUCUUAACCAGCCAUGAAGAGAAAACAAGCGCGAGGAGACGAAGGAUCAAGGGAUUACCCAUCAUCAAGAAGCGAGUUCGUAAAACCGAGAAGGAACGUUAUGUGGAACCGUUCUUCGACGACGAUAUGGAGAACCAUCUUUUACUGCAGGGUAUCUUAUCAACUAAACCCAGGGGCAAGGGUCAACAAUACCUCUACGACAUCCCUGAUAAAAACUGCAACCUGAUUAUCAGCCACCAAAUGGAAAAGGCCAUCAGGGAAAAAGAUAUCAUCGACAUAACCAUGGCCCAACGAAGCGAAAAAAUCCUAGUCAGGUUGAACGACGGCACUAAAGUCACCGUCCCUGUGGCCAGCUACCAAGGCGAAGCCCCGCUUUAUAGGGGCAGCGGAUGGACCAAAGGGUUCGUGGAAGAAGAGCACCACCAUGGCAAAGAGACCAUGUCGAUUGCGAAACUUUUCGAAGCCAAAGAACAAGGCGUGGAAGAAUGGGAGCUCGAAAUGAUGAGAAUGGCAACGAAACGCAAGAGAAAAGUAAGAGGCGAAGAGUCCGUCGACUGGAAGCAAAUGUUGGCCGGGUGUCUCGAAAACAUGGACUGGGACAAAUUCGAAGAAGAUUCUAAACAGAUAGUCGAAGAAGUAGCUGAGCCCAUCGAGGAAGAAAACAUCCCGAUGGAAGUCGACGACAUGGAGAAGACCAGACAUGUCAACGAGAAACUAGUAGAAGGUGGGGAAGACAUCUUGGCACAACUACCGACCAUGAAGGAAAUCCCGCAAGUCAUCAAAAAUUUAGACAGUGGGGAGCUGUGCGAAAUGGUGAACGUUUCCGGUGUGAAGGUUAGCAUCUCCGAGGAACGCACAUGUUUCGUUACUGGCCAGAUGGUAAAAACAGAGGAGAAUGAGGUGUUCAUGCCGGGACAAACCGUCGAGAACGACGACGGUACCACUGAGUACACGCCAGGUAUCACGAUCUACAUGGAAAACGAACCCACUUUGGUCCCGGGUUUGGUAUUCGGUGAGGAAGAAGACGAGCAACCUAUUUUCCUGCCCGGCGAAUCCACGAUCACUGAGAAAGGUCAGCUCAAGUUCGAAGUACGAGAGGAGGACAUCCCUCCUAUCGUCCACAGACAGUUCUCCACCUCGUCCGAGUCGUCCUCCCCACCUCCCGAGCCCAAGCCCAAGCCAAAGCCGAAACAGGAAGAGGAAAUCGUGAUACGUCGGCGCGUCAUCGAGGAGCCGCCCCCGGAGCCCGUCCGCAAAGAACGCGUCAAGAAGCGCCCAGUCGUGGACUUGAAGCCCAAAGAACCAGAACCCCCUAAAGAGAAAAAAGAGUUUGUGUUCAGACAGCGUCGCGAGCCCAUGGAAGACCCGCUGAAGCGCCUCGAAGAGGACCGAAAGAGGCGCGAAGAGGAAGAAAAGAAACGGAUAAAAGAGCGGAUGCGCAACAAAAUUCUCAAAGAAGAGGGCGCCGUCGACCAGAUUCGCCUGAAAAUCAGGAAGAAAUGCAGAGAGAUGAAGUUCGAAACGCCGCCCCCUUACGUGCCCGUCGAUCCGGUGGAGAAGAGCCAGAAGCUCGUCGAGAUGGAACGAAGCAUAAGAAAGGGUAAAUUCCUGGAGGACGACCGAACGAAGGAGAUUCUCGAGAAGACGCGAAGCGCGACGAGGAUGCUGAAAUACCAGCACGUCCUCCAGGCGUACAGGGCCGAGUUCGGGAGAAUACGCAAAAUGGUGAAUUACGUGUUGUCCUUUUGUAAAAUCACGGCCGCCAGCCGGAUUUUCUCGCGCAAUUUUUACCUGCCGCUCCUCAAGCCGCUGACGCCGAAAGAGGCGCUGAGGACCUUCCGGAUCACCGGGAAAUGGCUACUGGGGGCCAAAAUACAGCACUACAUCCCGGUGCUGCUCAAUCACCGCAAGAAGCGCUCCAAGAUUGUCAAAAACUACGGUAAGAAAGCGCACAAAGAGAUGGACGAUUUCACGUACAUGACGCCGGUUCUCGACUCGGAGAACGAAAGCCACCAGAUGCUCAUCUCGAUUCUGGAGAGCAAAAAGUGCAAGAAGAAGAAUUUCGUGUACACGGUAGACGACAAAAAGUAUAACAUUGUGUUGCAAGCGCAGCUGGAGCGGGCCAUCCUCGAUGGUGACAUAAUCGACGUUCUGGUGUCACAAAGAAACGACAAAAUCAUAGUCAAGCUCAAAAGCAUGAAGAAAGUCCCCAUGGAAAUCCAGUACUACGACGGCGAAGACAAACUUUACUGUGGCGAGGGCGCGACUAGCCCUGAGGACGAAAAAUUCCACCACCACGGUAAGUACACGAUGAGUCUGGCCCGAAUGUUCGAAGAAAAAGAGCUAGUCGAGGAGAAAUGGGAAGAAGAGUUGAGGCGUAUAAUGCGGCGACGGAAACGCCAAGCCAAAGAAGGGUCCAAAGAAUGGAAAGCGAUGAUGCAAGAGAGCAUCAAGAACCUCGACUGGCAGAAAUUCGAAGAAGACGCCAAAAAAGUGAUCGACGAGAUUGAUGAACCGGCUGCGGAGCAAGACAUCGAUAUGGAGAUUGACAAUUUAGAAACGACGAAGAACGUGAACGAGACGUUCUUGAAAAAGGGUCCCGAAAUGUUGGACCAGUUGCCAACGAUGACGGAGAUCCCUGAGAUUAUCAAAAACAUGGGAAGUGCGACUCUGCACGAAAUCGAAGCCGAUGAAGACGACGAAACCGAGGAACAAAGUCAGAGUAAGAAUAAAAGACGAGUGUCUGGAGUGAAAGUCACUCUUCCUUCAGGGAAAGAGUGUUUCGUGAGCGGACAGAUGGUUCACACGGACGACGGAGACGUGUUCGUCCCGGGGCAAACCGUCGAGAACGAAAACGGGCUGGAAUAUGCUCCUGGAAUCACCAUCAACGUCAACAACAAACCCACUUUGAUUAGCGGGUUGAUUAUGGGUGAGGAGGAGCGCGACCCUAUGUUCCUCCCGACUCAGUCGACCAUCACGGCUGAUGGGCAGCUCACGUUUGCGAGCACGCCGGAAGAGCGUCCCAAGCCGUCGCCCGAGAAGAUCAAAAAGAAGAUGAUGUUAGUGGAAGAGACGAUAGUGGAAGAUGCCGAACCCGUGGUGGAAGAGUUAGUCCCUGACGAUGUUUCCGACACCGUGGAAAGCAUGUCCAAUAGUGUGUCGAGUAUCGAACUAAACAAUUCCGAAAUCGAAGAACUCGACGCCGAAGCUGCUCGACUGAAGCAAGAGCAGCAGCGGCUCGAGAUCGAGAAACUCAAGUCGUUCUUGAUGGACGACGGCCUAGACGACGUCGUCGCCGCUAUCGAGCAAAAACGGGAGCAGCUCCGCCAGAAGCUCGAGGAGUUGCGUAAGUUGAGUAUCUCGACCGAAAAUAGUCUUGUUAGUUAUGUUAGUGAGAGCGACACGGUAGAAAUCGCCUCGAAGAUAAGCCACGACAAAGACACUAUAAAUAGGCUGUCCGAUAUUUUAAUGACUUUAACGCGGAGGGCAGCGACUCUGCGCGACAGAAAUAGCAUCAAUGCAGACAAUAUUAAUCUCGCUUAUAUUUCGGUGAGCAACCUGUCUGAAGCCGACGUCAAAUUCAACGCUUCUCGUAAUAAGUUGAAGAUUAUGCUUAAGACGGCUGUGGUUGCCGCUAACGACGUUUUUAAGACGCGCCCGAAGGACCAAACUCUAGCGCUACACUCAAUCGCGGAUAUUUUAGUCGACGUUUUGAAAAACGAUGAGCAGACUCUGGUUGAGCUAUUAGAUUUGAUGAACACCCCCAAGGAACGAACGGAGGUCUGCGCCGCCGUGUUCAAACAACUAACACAGAACAUCACCGAGACGAAAAUAUCGUUCUUGAACGACAUCGCGAGCAACUCGUCAGCGUACGACGUCAUCGAUUGCGUAGAAAAAGUGCUGAAAAAACAGUCCGAAAUUAAGUGUGACGCGUUUGUCAAGGUAGCAAAGGUGGAUCCAGAGAUCAUCAACCUCGUGGUGAAAAACGUGAAAAUGGGACACGUCAAGGUAAAAACUGAAGAAGACGCUAUAGAGUUACUAGAGGAGAGUAUAGUAGAGGCUAGUAGGACUCUAAUGAAGGCGAACUUUUCCAACCUCGUGGACGCUUCGCUCGUCCUAGAGGAAGCUAUUGGGUUUGCACGAGCCCUAGGUAUGGGAAAAGUUGAAGAAAUCUUGACGGACCUAGACGACAUAGAUGACAUAGAAGACAGUCGUGCUGUGGAGCUCCUGGAACGGGUCAUUUUGAUUCGACAGCUAGCCGAGCGCGACUUUUCGCUGAAGAGCGCCAUCGAGAGGAUCAAAAAGAGUCCAGAACGUGGACGUUCGGACCCCAGGAUUCGCCAACUAAUACGAGAGAGUGGAGUACUGAUUGCUAAAGGUCCGAAAGUGAAGAAUUCCCGCGACGUGCCUUUACAAAUGCUCAAGACCCAGAAUCUUCUAGCCAUAGAAGAUCUCCUAGUGCAAAGAUCCAAAGUCGAGUUUCCGGUGAUGGUGAGCCGGGACGAUUUGCAGGCUAUCAUACCGAAGGAGGCCGCCAGAGGGGUGAUAGCAGGUCGGGUUCCCUACACCCUGGUUAACGAUAAUGGAAUUAUGAGCAUCAACCCCACACGUCGCUUUUCGACGGACGUUCGAAUCGACGAUUUCAUGAACAAUAGUGUGCGCGAGCUCUCCUCGGAAAGAGACGAUGAUCGAAAGUACCUACAGGCAAAGAGUAACGGCACUGAUUUUUCGUGGAGUACUCCGAAUAGGAUACCAGCGAUGAGUUCGGGAAGCCUCUACAGAGGUUACACCGGGCCGAGGGCCUAGCAAUAUGCGUGAGGAAGAACUGGAGGUGGCCCUCAAGGUGGUGAUCGUGGGCAAUGGUGGAGUGGGCAAAUCUAGCAUGAUCCAAAGAUAUUGCAAAGGCACUUUCACGAAGGAUUACAAGAAAACGA